UCCAUCAGUCGCCAUUGUAAAUGUUGCAGAUAGCUGACUAGCUAGCUACGUUUGUGACGUUUAACGAAACAUUACGAAUUUAUUAUUAUUAUUAUUUUUUACAAUUCUUUUACUGGUUUUACGUGUAUACAGAGCAUCUAGCAUUUCGGGAAUGCCGUUGUUUGUUGACUCGGUCUUUGAGAGGCUUUAGCUAAGCGAGUCAUUGGAGGGUUAGUUAGCGUUAGCUAGUGAGCACAGACGGUAAAUAUCUAACUUAGCCGCUAGCGUUAGCUACGGGCUCUCCGCAGAGACGUCCACCGAGGCUUCAGCCACGCUUCUCCGGACGGAUCGCUUACCGUGAACGGUUCGCACAAUGGCAGAUGCGUUGUCGGACGCCGGUGAUCUUAGCGGAGGAGAAGGCAGCCAAGAUGAUGUUAUGACCCCGGCUGAGCUCAUCGCCAGGCUGGAGGAGGCAUGGCUUAACGAGAAAUUCUCACCGGAGCUUCUGGAGAGCAAGUCCGAGUUGGUGGAGUGUGUGAUGGAGCAACUCACACACAUGGAGGAGAACCUGCAGCGGGUCAGGAAAGGAGACCUGAAGGCCAGCGUCCACCACAUGGAGAUCGGCCGCAUCCGCUAUGUCCUGAGCAGCUACCUCCGCUCUCGGCUGCAGAAGAUCGAGAAGUUUUUCCCUCACGUCUUGGAGAAGGAGAAGUCUCGGGCCGACGGCGACCCCUCGUUUCUCUCCCCCGAGGAGUUUGCGUUUGCUAAAGAGUAUCUGGCCAAUACAGAAGUCUACCUGAAAGCUGUGGCACUGAGACACAUGCCUCCCAAUCUGCAGAGUAUUGACAUGCUGAAAGCUAUUCCAGAGCCCUGUCUGGACUCGUUUGUUUUUCUGCGAGUGAAGGAGAGGCAGGAGAAAAUACUGGUGGAGCCAGAGACUGAUGAACAGAGGGAGUAUGUAGUCGACCUGGAAGAGGGCUCCCAGCACUUGAUGCGAUACCGCACUAUAGCACCUUUAGUGGCCAAUGGUGCAGUGCAGCUUAUCUAGUUGGGCACAACUAAUUGGAGUCAAAUGGACAGCCUGCCAAGGUGCUGCUACAGUCACUGCUGACGACGACGAUGAUGUCUACCAUCCUUGCUUUCCUUGUGACUUGUUGGAUUCUGCAGACCACUACACUGGUGGUUACCCUACCAGUGCUACCCUGGACCAGAACAGGCCUUGCUUCAACAGCUACUCUUAAUGCCAGUUUAAUGUUCACUAAUACAGUUGUUGUGGAAACGGACUAGCUCAUAACUAGCCCAUAACUGGAUGUUUUGUGGACAAGGCUGCACCCUGAAAUAUAAAACAUUAGGAAUAGCUCGCGUGCAAUCUCUAAAGCCUGACUGCAAGGUCUGUGUGAGGGUUUUGUUUUUUUUGUUUUUUCUUACAUUGUGAAGGAUUUUAUCUUAUGAAUUUAUUUUUGAAACUGCCCUUAUUAAAAAUAGUUCUCUGAAUGAGAAGUCGAGCUCACAACUGGCUUUAUGAGUAACUGACGUGAGUGUAUAAGGUCAGAACCGGUCGUUUCAUGUUGUUGGUUUUGCAGUCAUUUUACAGUCUAAUUUUGGACAAUGUAAAGGUGGUUUUGGCAGUCCAGAGUUGGUUCCUCUUACUGUAGGUGCUAAAUGCAUGGCAGGUAGGGAUCUCCCCCUGCUCUGACCUAGAGAUCUGAUUCGUGAGUGGUGAACAUCCAUCGGUGUGUGCGCUCCUCGGAUUGCCCAGGAUUGAACAGGCAGUGCUAAGUUAAAACGCUCUGCUGAUGUCGUGGAUGCGGAGUAAUGACUGAACUGUGGCGUUCACUUUUACUUGGACCAAUCCAAACUUUUUUUUUUUUUUUUUCGUUAAAAGGAAAGGAUUUUCUCAGUGACACAAAUCAACGGACACUGCUAAACUGUAUGAUGAAACACAUGCAGUAGUUUGUCUUUUGGCUGUGUGUUUGAGCAUUGACAUUUGCAUUCAGUAUCUCCAUUAGGCCUGUACAGUUUCAGGAAACUCCUGAAAUUUGACUGGCAAAAACAACCAAAAAGAAAAGUUGCAUAUUUCUGUUAUUGGAACCUUUCUGCAAAAAAGUGAUCAAUUUUAAACUGCUCCUUAUUUACAACUGCUCAUUAAAUGGUCUGUUCCUUAUAUGUAGGAAUUUAGGAUAUUACCAGGCUUUGGUAAUAUGGUUUCAACAUGUUGCUGCAUGCAAAGCAUGCCUGGAUUAAGUGUGCAUUGCCCAAUCCUGGCUUUCUGAUGUGAGUACAGUUACUGGGUUUUUGUUAAGGUCAUUGCCUGGCCAAGCCAACUUCUUUACUGACCUGCUUAGAUGGCGGUAGAUGCAAGUGUCUGAAAUCUGCUAAUUUCUGAUGGUCCUGUCUACUGAACUUGCAAAAUGAGGCUUCUCCAUAAACAAGUGUUUUAUGUAAACAUUCAUAUUUAUUAGGCAACUGCUUUCAAUGCCUUGCGAGUAGUAAAAUCAUAAAAUUCAUCCUUCCUUUUUAUUCUUGGAUGUAACUUAAGUAAUUUGUUGGGGGUUUUUUUAAUGGAUGAAGUGAGUAUAGGUAGUUACUCAUGAGCUAACAUUUAUUAUUUAUUAAGUGAUCGUGGGCCAUUUAAGUCACCAACUUUCCCUAUCUGAUUUCAUCCCCGCUUUGUAAUCACACAUGCACUCAUGGUCACUCAUGCUCUUUCAUGUAUUGCGCUUUUAUAAUUGUAUUUCUUUUUAGUUUUCCUUCCAAUCUAGACCAUAUGAACCUAGAGGUAAAGCAAUCUAAAAGUUCUAAAACAAAGAUUUUAAUAUUAAGAUUCUUAGGGCAAUAAACAACA